AUGCCCGCGUCCCAUGCAGCGCUCACGCAGUGCAUAUGUGAGGAGUGCACUAGAAGGGGGGGAUAUGAUGAGAAAGGCGCACCAAGAGGGGUGCUGAUAGCAGAGCGCUCAAUCUCGGCUCACAUCCAGUGUGUAAAGGCAGAAAGUGCUGCAUCUGCCAUCACUACCGUCUCCUCUAUUACUGAUGAUAUCAGACAUUUGUCCCUUGCUGCAGAUAAUCCCCAGUCCCCGUCAUUUACAUCUGCAAUGAAAAAUAAUCUGGAUGGCGCAGGAUCAUGCAACCUUCCUGCAGUUCCUGUUUCUGCCCUGUUAGAUGGCCUCGAGCGGUUGCAGUUGUCUGAUUGCAUGUCAACCCCACUAAUGGAAAAGGCUGACAGAGAGACUGUAUCAAAGCCGAAGCCCAAUCAGCACACAGCAAAAGCAUUGCACAUCCUUGAUAAUAUUGACUCCUGGAUUCAGUGGUGCUUUCGCCUAUUGUUGCAUCCUUGUAACCUUGAUGAUGUUGGUCGUGAGCUAUCUUUACUUUGUACAGCUAUGGAGAAUGUCAAUGGAGGGGCAGAUUUUGGCAGUUACCAGGACAUGCUGCAAGUACCCAUCGAGAUUAACACUGAUACUCUGCAGCAAGCUCCAGUUGAUCACUCAGACGAGAUCAGCCAAGUCGUCUUAUUCCUUUGCUCUAGGACUGCAAUAUACCCUCAACAUUGUAUGCAUUGUCCUGUGCCUGGGAUCGAAUGUGGUGAUGCUUUACUUGUUGGCAUUGAAGGAGAGCUCUGUCCAAAGAGGAUUUUUAUAUAUCAUGACUUCAAAGACUAUCUUUCUGGUCUUCUCUCUCAGAGAGAUGUGGAAGCCAUGAUGGAUGAAGCUUGUGACGAUUUCAUGGACUCCAUUAACUCUUCUCUUCCGCCCUUCGUCAAGAAUCUAUUUGAAGCCCAAUUCCUCCGCCAAUUUGGCAGCCCGAAGCCUGAAACACUUUUUAUCAAUUGA